AUGGCUGCAAGCGAUGAACAAGAGGGAAAGGAGGAUUUCCUGAUGCUGGCUGCUGCCGAGGUGUUCAAUGUUAUGAUUGAAGGUGGGGCAGGGGAAUUUGUGCUUGGAGUCGUGUGCAACACUUAUGGGUUUAAAGUUGAGUUUGCUACUGAGGAUGACUCUGACGCCAGUGGCAGUGCAGAUGAGGCAGAAACGUAG